AUGUCAGACAUCUCGCAGAUGAUGCUCUCUUCCGCUGACAUGGGGGAGCGGGUGGUGACAGGUCUAGGGGUGGCAGAUGUAGGGGCGGCCCUGCAAAAAUUCGGGUGGCCCGACUACAUAAUGUUUAUGUUGAUGCUGAUGAUUUGUAUGGGUAUAGGGCUGUAUUUUGGCUGUGUGCAUACGGCUUCCACAGCUCAGGACUAUCUUGUUGGUGGUAGGAGUAUGAAGGUUUUUCCAGUUGCUAUGUCUUUGAUUGCUAGUUGGGUUAGUGGUAUUUCUCUUUUAGGAAUACCAACAGAAAUUUAUGUUUAUGGUAUACAAUACCUGUAUAUUUGUAUAGCAUUUAUACUAUGCGCACUGGUGUUGAGUAACGUAUUUUUGCCUGUUUUUCAUGAAUUGUCCCUAACAUCAAUAUAUGAGUACCAUGAAUUAAGAUUUGACAAGAAAGUUAGGCUAUUUUCUUCCAUAUUGUUUACCAUAGGGCUGUUUGCCUGGUUACCUUUGGUAAUAUACGUUCCUGCUUUAGCUUUUAAUCAAGUCACUGGUAUUAACGUUCAUUUAAUAACACCCAUAGUGUGUAUUAUAUGCAUUUUUUACACCACAAUGGGAGGUAUUAAAGCAGUGGUUUGGACAGAUGUAAUACAAAUAAUGAUAAUGUACGGCUCAAUGUUACUUGUAAUAGUAAAAGGGACUAUAGAUAUAGGAGGAUUUGGAACUAUAAUCGAAAGAAAUUAUAGGAGCGACAGAAUUGAAGGCCCUAAUUUAAGUUUGAACCCAAACGAUAGACACACGUUGGUAGGUCUUGUUAUUGGUGGUUUUAUUUACAACUUACACUCAUCUGCGAUAAAUCAAAAUAUGAUACAAAGAUAUCUGUCGUUGCCAACCUUAAAAGCCACCAGACAGGGUUUGUGGAUAUUCACCCUUGGAACAAUUUUGAUUAUUUUACUUUGUGGAUAUGCAGGUUUGGUUAUAUUUGCAACGUUUCACAGAUGCGACCCUUUGACAACAAUGCUGGCAAGAGAAAAAGACCAACUAUUGCCGUUGCUGGUAAUGGAAAUUCUAGGCGAUUAUCCGGGUUUGCCCGGAGUAUUUGUCGCUGGGAUAUUUAGUGCUGCCUUGAGUUCUUUAUCCACAGGCCUCAACGCGAUGGCAGCGGUAGUUCUGGAAGACUUUUUCAAGCCAUUUUCCAAAAACGGAAUAACGGAAAAGCAAACGUAUUACAUCAUGAAAUUGACCGUUAUUAUUCUGGGCGCUCUCUGCGUAGGUCUGGUUUUUGUGGUGGAAAAAUUGGGGUCUGUUUUACAGCUUUCUAUGAGCUUCGGGGCUAUCGCCUCAGGCCCGUCCCUGGGUAUGUUUAUUAUGGGGGUCACGUUACCUUGGGUCAAUGCCAAGGGGGCGUUAAUUGGCGGCACUUCAGGCCUUUCAUUCAUGAUAUGGCUGUGCUACCGCGCCCAAACCCUAAUCGCAUCAGGUGAUUUAAUAUUUCCCGAAAAACCCAUCACCACUGAAGGAUGUCACUACCAUUUCACUCCGAAAUAUUCGGGGGGCAAUAUUUUGCACCUCAAAAUCAACCCUAUGAGCAACGCAACCCACGUUACACAUACAGAUGAAAAAUUCAUGCUGUAUCGCCUUUCGUACAUAUGGUAUGCGUUAGUGGGGACGUCAGUGACAAUUUUCGUGGGUUUAUUGGUCAGUUUUGUAACAAAAUCCCACGAUAUAAACGACGUAGAUACACAACUGCUAGCGCCCUUUAUAAGGCGGUUUAUAAAGCCUAAAGAAUCCACAGAACCCAAUGACGGAAUUAUUUUCGCCUACGAACCAAAAGAAAUGAAUGGGACGCCAAAAAGUAAUUUAAAACUGCACAAUUUUAGUGUUUCCAACGAAUCCAAGGUUGAAAACAAUAAAUGA